GAGAGAGGGAGGAGGGAGAGGAGGAAGUACACACAGUUUACAGGACUUGGGGCUGGGCUGGCGCAGGCACCGCAUCUGGAAGUCGGACCAGUGGAAAAGUGAAACCAACGGGUGCAGUGGAGCGUGAGAGAGAGCUGCCUGUGUCCCAGAGAGACUUCCCGACAGACGGGACAGGGAGAGACAGAGAGGGAGCAGUGCUCCACUGGACUUACACACAGACAUGUCUGCUACUAGAGCUCUGCCAUGCCUCUGCCUUCUUUUCGCCAUCAUCCUCUCAGGGAUCGUCUGCCCAGCGGCUCCCAACGGUUUAGAUUUGGAACAGCGUUCGGUGGUAAAAGUGUGUGCGAAAGGAUAUUUCCUCAGUAACCAGAACAAAUGCCUACCAUGUAACUGCAAAGGACAUUCAGAAACCUGUGAGGAGAUCACUGGUAUUUGUAUAUCAUGUCAGGACCACGCCACUGGGGAUUUCUGUGAGAUCUGUGAAGACGGAUUCAUGCCUGACGUCAACACACACGGACGUCACUCCUGCCGGCCAUGCGCCUGUCCCCUCUCGAUCCCCUCCAACAACUUUGCACAGCACUGCGACAGAAGCAGUAACAUCCUACGGUGCAAGUGCCAAGAGGGCUAUGCUGGACAUUACUGUGAGAGAUGUGCUCCAGGUUUCUCUGGCAACCCCAUGAUGAUUGGUGACUCCUGUAAGAGGUGUGACUGUAACGGUAACUCGGACCCCAACCACAUCUUCAAUGAGUGCCACAACGUGACCGGCUUCUGUCAGAACUGCUGGGGGGACACGUCUGGAGCCAACUGUGAACGAUGUGCCCCGGGUUUCUACGGUGAUGCCAUCAGUGCCAAGAACUGCAGAGCGUGUGAGUGCAGCAAGUGCGGGACAGGAUCGUGUGACGACAGGACCGGGACGUGUCACUGUAAGCCUGGCGUCACGGGCCGACUCUGUGACCGAUGUGAGGAGGGUCACACGGGUUUCAACGGUUGCCAGGGCUGCCGGAGGUGUGACUGUGGGGCUGCCGGUCUCCGGCCUACUUGUCAUCCUCUGACCCACAGCUGCCAGUGCCAACCAGGGGCCGGAGGCCGAUACUGCGAGCGCUGCCUCCCAGACCACUGGAACUACGGCCCAUCAGGGUGCCAGAAAUGUGACUGUGCUAGCGGGCACUGUGACAUGCACACUGGGGAGUGUUUGCCAGAAGCAGCCAUGGUCAACCCCUGCAACAUCAGUUGUGAUGAGUGUAUCUGGCACCUGACUGGUGACCUGAGGCUGUCCAAUAAGACACUGGACCAGGUGAAGGUCAGUGUGUUGAACAUCUCCACGGGGGCUGCAGCCAAUGACAGGCUCAAGUACUACAACUACACCGCCCACCGUCUGCAGACUCAGUUUAUGAACUGGAGAAAUAAGUCAUCUAUGAUGAGGACACAGACAGGGCAGCUGGAGGAGGCUAGUGCUGCUCUACUCUCAGACAUGAACCAUCUGGCAGAGACAGAGAGUGUAGUGAAGUCCAUGGGGGACCGAGUGGAUGAAGACGCACUACAAAGCGUCACUCUGGCUGACGAGCUGACCACUAACCUCACCACCCUCAACGUACUCCUUGAAGAAAUGAUCAGUGACUGGGAGCUCUACAGUGUCCAUCAGGACCUGGACCCAGAGGUCAUCAGAAAGAAGACGGCCAUGGCCGAGGGCAUGGUGACAUUGAUGAAGAAACUGGACCUGUCCCCACGAGAGCCCACCGCCACCGAUGAGUCCACGGAGGCCCACGACCUCCUUAGAAACGUGCGUCAGCUGGAGAAGAAGCUGAUCAGUACGGAAGGCCGCAUGGCCCCGGUACGGGAGGUGCUCUCCCGCUUCACCAAAAAGCUCUCUGAGGCCCAGGAGAUCCUCCAGAAGGCUGCCAACACUGUGCAGGAGACGGAGGACAUGAACAAAGCCAACACCGUCAAAUUCCAGAGGAGUGAGGCCAAGCAGCAGAUACUGGUGGAGAACUACGAAGCUGUGAAUGACACCUUGCAGACAGCUGAAGACCUGUCAAGGACACUGAGAAUACUGUUGCUGAGAUGGUUCUCCUGGUGCAGUACAUUUCGGUUUCAAAACUAUAAGUACUACAAACACAUGCUUAGCACUGUUAGAAAGAACGUGACUGAGUACCACGCUGCGAUCGAUGGCGCCAGCAAGCUGUUGCAGGAGAAGACUGAGGCGCUAUCCCUGGCAGACAGAGACCUAGUCCAGAGAGCCCAGGACCACGCAAAGGAUCUACAGAGUCAAGCUACAGAGCUGGAGUAUGAUCUGAAAGGCAGCGAUGCCAACGGAUUCGUGCAGAAGGCUCUGGAUGCAGCCAAUGUGUACAACAACAUAGUCCAGUACAUCGAAGAAGCCAACAUCACUGGACUGACAACACUGGAUUUAGCAACAAGAGCUGAGGAUGCCACCAACGGGAUCAACACACAGCUGGGGUUCCUGAAGACCCAGAGUGACAACAUCUUCAAGGAAUCUAUUUCAUUGCAUUCUGAGCAACUUGAGGUUGAAACUGAGGUUCUGGACAAGAUUAAAUAUAUUGAGGAGACCAAGGAGACCAUGGAUGACAACACCAAAAAACUAGAGGAAGUACUGAAAGACAUCAAGGAAAUUGAGCCAGGCAGAACCACCAAGCGUCUGGAGCUCACCAGGGAGGUGGCUGAAGGCACCCUGAACCGCUCUGUGGAGGUCCUGCAGACCAUAACCCCCAUCCACGAGAAGGUGGAGGAGUGGGCCACCAACAUGAAGAACCAAGAUUACUCUGCUGCAGCCUUUGACCGCGCUGUAGUCUCUGCUGGGAAAGCAGUUGAGAACCUGUCUGAGCUGGUUCCUGAGCUGCUGGACAAGCUGCGUGUCAUUGAGAAGAAGCCAGUGAACAACGUGACCACCAACAUCAUGAGGAUCAGAGAGCUCAUCGCCCAGGCCAGGAGUGUGGCCAAGAAGGUCCAAGUGUCCAUGAAGUUCAACGGUCAGUCGUCGGUUGAAGUGCAGCCCCACAUCAACGUGGCGGACCUUAAGACAGUGACCACCAUCAGUCUGUUCAUCAGGGUGGACCCAGAUAAGGACCCUAUUGAGGACCGCUUCAUCUUCUAUCUGGGAGACAGAAACGGUAAGAAGGACUACAUGGGUCUGGCCAUCAAGAAUGACAACCUGGUGUACAUCUACAACCUGGGAGGGGAAGAUGUUGAAAUCCCGCUGGGUUCAAAGCCCGUCAGCCAAUGGCCUCCAGUCUUCAACCUCAUCAAAGUAGAGAGGCUGGGCAGACAUGGAAAAGUGUUCCUGACUGUGCCCAGUCAGACGUCCACUGACGAGCAGAAGUUCAUCCAAAAGGGCGAAGCCUUUGGCACCGACUCCCUGUUCAACCUGGACCCUGAAGACACUGUCUUCUUCGUGGGUGGCGUCCCCGCUGACGUCAGGCUUCCACCUGCACUCAGCCUAGCUCCUUUUGUGGGCUGCAUCGAGUUGGCCUCUUUAAAUAAUGAUGUCAUCAGUCUGUACAAUUUCAAACAGACGCACAAGAUGGAUGUAGUUGCUUCAACACCUUGUCCCAGGUAUAAGCUGGCAUUCUCGCAGAGUCGUAUCGCCAGCUACCUGUUUGACGGAACUGGUUAUGCCCUCAUCAACAACAUGGAGAGGAGGGGUAAAUUUGGCAUCGUCACCCGGUUUGACAUUGCUGUUCGGACAGUAGCAAACAACGGCAUCCUGUUACUCAUGGUCACCGGGGACAAGUUCUUCCUGUUAGAGUUGAAGAAUGGCUUUCUACGUCUCAUGUACGACUUUGGCUUCAGCGGAGGCCCGAUCGUCAUGGAGAGUAACUUACCUAAACUACAGAUCAAUGACGCAAGAUACCAUGAGGUGUCAGUCAUCUAUCAUUACUCCAAGAAGAUCAUUCUAUUGGUGGACAAGAGUCACGUGAAGUCCAUGGAGAAUGAAAAAAAAACAUUGCCCUUCUCCGAUAUCUACAUAGGAGGGGCCCCCUCGCGCAUUCUCCUCUCCAGGCCUGAGCUAUCCUCCCUGAUGGGGCUGAAGGGCUGUGUGAAGGGCUUCCAGUUCCAGAAGAAAGACUUUAACCUCCUGGAGGAACCAGGCACUAUUGGCAUCAGCAGCGGUUGUCCUGAGGAGUCCUUUAUGUCCCGUAAAGCCUACUUCACUGGAGAGAGCUACCUGGGGUCUGCAGCAAAGAUAUCUCCCUUCGACGCCUUCGAGGGUGGCCUGAACUUCAGGACACUGCAGCCUACUGGUCUCCUGUUCUACCACAUCGAAGGGUCUGAUGAGUUUACCAUCGCUCUGGAGAAUGGAGCAGUGGUAUUGAACUCCAGGGGCACCAGAGUCAAAUCACACAAGAAGCAGUACAACGAUGGAAUGACCCAUUUCCUGGUAGCUUCAGUGAAUAAUGACAAAUAUGAGCUGGUGGUGGAUGACAAAGACAAGCAUGAGAAGAAACGUCCGUCCUCCCCCGCCUCAGCCUCCACAGUGAGGAGUUUCUACUUAGGAGGCUCUCCCAGUAGCAGCAUCAAGAACUUCACUGGCUGCAUCAGCUACGCCUACAUCAGCAGACAAGACAGGGACAUUGAACCUGAGGACUUUCAGAAGUACACUGAGAAUGUCCAGACCUCCCUGCAGGACUGCCCUGUGGAGCGACCGCCCGCUGCCCUGCUCUCAAAGCACAGCAAAAACUCUGCCAAAUCCAACCAGGGCCAUACUAGGAAGGUGGGCAGAGACAAGAUCAACCAGCCACAAGGCCUGUUGGGACUGAACAGUGAUGACCAGCAGCCAGGAGAGACAGAAGAGACACCAUGCUACCUGUCCGCUAGGCCCCAUGCCACCCGCCACGCCCACCACUACGGGGGUAUAGCCAACAGCAGGCAGGAGUACACUGACAUCCCAGAGUCCCUCGCUGAGAGGUCUCACUUCUCCCUGUCCCUGAAGACCCAGUCCUCGUUCGGCCUCAUCUUUUAUGCAUCAGACGAGGCAGAGGACAACUACAUGGCUCUGUUUCUUUCCCAUGGGAAACUGAUGUACACCUUCAACCUGGGUCAAGAACAGGUCAAGGUCAAGAGCCCGGAGAAGUACAACGACGGAACAUGGCACAAUGUUAUUUUUAUUCGUGAUGGGAAUCUGGGCCGAUUAAUCAUUGAUGGGCUGACACUGCUGGAGGAUAGAGCUCAGGGCUCCAACGUCUCCUGGCACGUCAGCAGUACCCUCUAUGUGGGAGGGGUGCCACCAGGGAGGGCCCAGAAGAACAUACUGAGAAACUCUGCGUACAGCUUCACUGGCUGUGUGAAGAACUUCCAGUUGAAUGGCCAAUGGCUGUCCUCCGUGUCCCAGGCCUUCGGGGUGACGCCGUGCUUCGAGGGACUCUCUGAGCCGGGGACAUACUUCUCUGAAGAGGGAGGAUAUGUCGUCUUGGAUGACACGUUCAACCUGGGGCGGAAGUUUGAGCUGGUGGUAGAGGUGCGCCCUCGUGUGGCGUCAGGAGUACUACUGCAUGUCUACACAGCAGCAGAGGAGUACUUAACGAUGUAUAUUCAUCAAGGAGCGGUGGUGGUGCUGGUGAACAAUGGGGUCCGUGAGUUCUUCACUCAGGUCACUCCUAGACUGGGUCUGUGUGAUGGGAGCUGGCACAGGAUCACAGUGAUCCGAGAUGCCAAUGUAAUCCAGCUGGAUGUGGACUCAGAUGUCAACCAUGUGGUAGGACCUCUCUACCACAGUACCCAGAAUGCCAGGGCCCCUGUGUUCAUUGGUGGAGCUCCAGAAUCUCUUCUCCCAGAGAGCAUUACCACUAGGAGGGCCUACACAGGCUGUAUGAGGAACCUGACGGUGAACGAGAGCCAAGUGGCCUUCAGCAAAGCUGCCCUGGUCAGCGGGGCCGUCAGUGUGGGCUCCUGUCCAGCUGCCUAAAGGCCCUGUCAUAACGAAUACAGCCCAGCUCUCCAGCAACACGACUGACCAAAUUCUGCUUCCUAACAAGUUUCCACACUGUCAAUAAAGCAUGAAAAGUCAUUUUCAUUGUGUUUUAAAUUGCCUAUUCUUGUUUGAUGUUAACUAGAACAAUGUUUGUUUUCAUUUGGAAAAGAAAAUGACCCGGCAACGUAACCAACCCUCCCAUAUUAAUUAGUUUCACAUUAGAAAAUAUCCCCCCAAAAGAGUUGGACUGCAACAUGAUGUGAUUAAGGACCACUGCUCAUAUUAUAGCCAACUUAAGAAGGCUUGUAACUGUAUCACCCUAUGAGAAGGUAUCUUCAUUUUCUUAAAGGCCCAGUACAGACCAAAUGCAUUUUUUUAUAUAAUAUUGUACAACAACUGAUGAAAAUAACACUGUAAAAGUGUGAGAACAUUUUUUAUCAGUGUUAUUUCCUGAUAGUUGCUGGUUGAAAAUACAAUCUACACAAGAGCUUCUAAUCAGCAGGUUUGCAUGGGCGGGAUUUUCUUUUUUUCAUGGUGACAUCACCAUGCAGUACAGUGUUUAAUAGACCAAUAACAAAGAUAAUUCCAAACCUCUCUGCCAAUAACAGCUAGUUUCUAGUUUUCCACUCCCAGACAGUACUAGCAAAAUUCUUGUUUUUGCUAAAAAAGCUAUUUUUGCCCAUUUGAAUGGGAAUAUAUUACAGUAAUGUAGUUCAUUGUUACCCAGAAAUGAUUUGAUAUAUAUAUAUAUAAAAGAGCUGCAUUGGGCCUUUAAUCUACAUUGGCAGAACUCAUAAAUCCACACUCCCACUCCAAAGGGAUUGGUUUGGGUUUGGUUGAUAGGAGCCUAAAGUAUAGUUUAUAUUUUUGUCAGAGAGCUAUGAUGUACUGUAGGAGUGCAGCCAAGUCCAGUUCCAGACAAUGCUUCCACCACCAUAUGUUAUCAUCUCAAUGCUGCCACAUCUGUAUGUAACAACAUCGUCUUCAUUGCUUUGUCACAGUUUUUCUACUUUUUUUCAGAUUAAUAAAAUGUAUAUUCUAAAA